AUGGAUCUAAGUGAUAUCAUUAGAGAAAAAGCCCUUCCAUUCCUUCCUGCUAAAUCACUGUUCAGAUUCCUGGCUGUUUGUCGAGACUGGAAGCUCCAUAUUUCAACACCAUCCUUCCACCAUAAUCAAUCACUUUGUUGCCGUAACAUAUCAGGCCUUUUUUGUCAGACUUAUGAAAAUGCUCCUGUCUUCAUACCAAUUAAUCCAAAAUCUUGUGGUGUACCAGAUCCAUCUUUGAGUUUUCUGCCAGAGCCUGUUUUUGUUAAGGCCUCAUCAAAUGGAGUGUUGUGUUGCCAAGGACAAAAUGACAGGUACUACUAUUUGUGCAAUCCAGUCACAAAACAAUGGAAAAAACUUCCCAAACCUACUGCUUGGCAUGGAUAUAACCCAAAACUUGUGCUGAUAUUUGAACCGCCGCUGCUCAACUUUGUACCUGAGUACAAACUCAUUUGUGUCUUCCAAUCUACUGAUUUUGGUGAUGCAAGUGAAUUUGAAAUAUACACCUCAAAAAAUAACUCAUGGAAUGUUUCUGGAGAGAUUCAUUUUGGAGUUCCAAUAUUUUUUCUGGGGUCUGGUGUUCAUGUCAAUAGUGUUGUUUACUGGCCAGAGGGGUAUAAUCGCAUUCUUUCUUUUGAUCUAACAAAGGAUAGGUCACAAUUACUGAAGAACGAUUCUGAAAACGCUGACUGCUUACUGGGAACAUUUGAUGGAAGGCUUUGUAAGGUUGAAAUCCAAUUGCCUUGGUAUCAAGUGUUUGUGAGUGUCUUGGUUAAUACCCACGCAAAUACAAUGCCUUUGGAUGAUGAUAUUAACAUGUGGGAAACUAUACAGGUGCUUCAUCCUAACGAAACUGAUAUUCCUUUGCAUUACAUUGACACCAAAGUUGUUGCUGUAAGCAGAGAUAUUGUGGUGGUUGAGAGUAUGAGCAAAUUUUACUCCUAUGAUUUUGAACACCAGGAAACUAAAACACUACUGAGCCCGCCUCAGCCAGCUGAAUCGUUUUAUAUGAGAUGGGCGCCCUAUGUGAAUAGCCUUGUUUCAUUCUGA